AUGAUAGAUAAUCUUGAUAAACGAAAUACUCUUAACAUUAACUGUGAUGUUCAUCCAGAAAAGAUGGUUAAAAAAUAUUGCAAAGUAUCAAAGAAAAUGCUCUGCAAUAUUUGCUCAACGAAUUGUGAUAUUUCUACUAAGCACUACCAGGAUAAGUUGUUAGGGGCUAAUGAGUUUCUUGAUUUGAUUAUUCAAAUUAAUAAAUACUUGGGCCCUGAAAAAUGUUAGGAAGAUUAGAUACUAUUUAACCUUGAAAGCUAGUAAAAUAGUUAAAAGUUUGAAAAUCUUCAAUUUAUCUAGAGUCUUAAUUUGAAUUAGAAUACAGACGAUAAAAAAGAGUAGGAGAUACAUCAACUAAUGUCUGAAAAAGAUAAGAUAAAGUGUUUCAGAGGAUUAGUAGACUAUCAUCUAGAAUCAUUAAAGUAUCAGUAAAAUAAUGGUUUUUAUAAACUUAUACCUCUAACAGGUCAAAGUAAGCUUUUAUACAAGGCUUCAAAAGAUGGAUUUACAGCUGAAAGUUUUCAUCAUAAAUGUGAUAACCAAGGACCUACAAUUUCAUUCAUAUAGAGUGAGCACGGAAAAGUGUUUGGAUGUUAUACAUCUCUAUCUUGGGCAACUCCAGAUAAGCACAGUAAAGAUAGUGAAGCAUUUGUUUUUAGUUUGAGUCAUAACACUCUGCAUGAAUAAUAUCAGAACUUUGAUAGUGCAGUUGGACAAUACAAAAAAUAUUUUAUGGUAUUUGGUAGUAGCAAUGAUAUUUGCAUUUAUGAUGAUUGCAAUAGCAAGAAUGAUAAUUUUUGUUUUUUAGGGGGUACAUAUUCGCCUUAAUAAGGUUUUAAACUUGGAGAUUAAUAAGUGAGAGAGCAUUUAGCUGGAAGUGAGAAAUUCAAAGUAAUAGAAAUAGAAGUUUACCAAGUUCUAUUAUGA